AAGGUGUGGUCGGCGGUUUGGGGGCGUGGCUGGGAGGUGUGGUCGGCGGGCUUUGGGGCCUGGCUCCGGCGUGGCUGGCCGUAGGACUGGGGCGGGGGCACUACGCUCUCUGACCUCGCGCCUUCGCUGUCCGGGUCUUGCCUGGGAGACAGGGCCUGCUGGAGCGUCCCUGGAAUCUGGGGUCUUUUUAAAAGACCCGGAUGUCGCGGUGUGGGCGGGAGACUGGACUGAGCUCUGCCGCGUGGGUGUGACUGACCUGGAACUUCACCUGGGGCAGGCCAUGGGCGAUCAGGACCUACCUGGAGUUUCGGUGUCUGGACUUGAAGGACAAUAUGGUAUAUGUGAAGAUCAUGCUGGAGACCUGCAGAAACACUUUAAUCUCAUUACCAUGCAAGAAUUUUUGGAAAAUAAAACACAGCUGGGUCCAAAGAUCCAAGCUGUGUACAUCUGGGGCGGAAGGCCGGCCGUUAGCCAGGAGCUGCUGCGCAGCCCGCCCUCCUUGAAGAUCCUUGCCAGCGUAGGGGCGGGGCUGGACCACCUGGACCCGGGACUCGUUGCCAGCUUUGGUGUGAAGGUGGCCAACACGCCACACGCCGUUUCCAGCCCCACGGCAGACCUGGGGAUGGCCUUGCUGCUGGCCGCAGCUCGGAGAGUCAUGGAAGGUCAUCAGUUGGCUAUUUCGCCACAUACGGAGAACUCUCCUCCAAACUGGAUGGGUUAAGAAGUGACAGGGACCACUCUGGGAAUGAUCGGCGUGGGCAGCAUUGGCUAUAAGAUCGCUCAGAGGGCCAGAGCAUUUGAAAUGGAGAUUCUCUACCACAAUAGGAAAUGCAGAAAAUCGGAGGAGGAGGAAGCCACUGGGGCCACUUACCGUGAGGGGCUGGAUGACCUGCUUCAGCGAUGGGUUGUGAUGCUGGCUGUGAGCCUGACGCCCCAGGCCCGGGGCCUGAUCGGGCAGGAGCGGAGUGGGAUGGAGCCCACCGCCAUUCUCCCAGCAUCGGCAGAGGUGCCUGCCCCGCCGCUGUGUGUAGGCCGGGGGGCUGUGCAGGAGCGCCCCGCCCCCAGCCCUGGCCAUCCUCUCAGCACUCCCAGUCAACCUUUUCCCUGAACGGUCUGAAAAAUCCACUUAGACUGCUGGGUGGUGAGCUAAAGGGGUUUUACUUUAUAUUUAGAAAUACGUCUGAUUUUUGUCUUCACGUCAUUUUGAACCUCAAAUUAGUAACAAAAAGAAUGAGAAUAGUACACUGUGGGGUUUCAGAUCCAAGUAUGGGCAUCUCCUUGGGGAGCGGAAUCACAGUUUGACCUUCCACAUAUAAUCAAGCAAAAUUUAUGGGGAUGAAUUUUCUGAGCCUCAGUUUAAAAAAAUAACUUUGUGUUUGUUUGGUUGGUUCUUUGACAUUUACGUGGAGCUUUGUUUGCAUACAGGAGGCUUUAGGCCCCGCGCGAUAACCAGAUUUUCUGGUGGGUUGGUGUGGCAUUUGUGAAGAAGAAAGCGUCGGAGUGCUUGGCGCUGGGGGAGCCAGCACACGUGAGGGUCGGUGCUGGCCUCAAACGUGCGGGCGGCUUGCCUUUGGGAUCGGCGGCCGGAAGACACGAGAGAGCUGGCAUCACCAGGAACCACCCGUGUCUCUCCUCCGUAAAACAAGGAAAACAGGGCUUGCCGUGAACCCCCACAGGGCCAAGCCAGUGUGCUUGAAGGUUUUCUGAAAAUUCAGACCCUGUAGGUGAGCAGGAAGGACCAGUGCAUUAUAUGCUUUUGGUAAUGUCAGAGGUCGGUGACAAAGUAAAGAUUCUGGAAAAACAAUCACCCCAGGAAAGAGCUUGGGACUAGUUUCUCCACCAGCAGCACAGGCAGGCUGGGUGCUGUGUGACCUGCAGGGCGGCCCAGCCCGCCAGCGGGAAGGAGGUUCCUUGCAGGGCUCUGCUGGGAGGAACGGGUUUCCUUCUCAGCUGCUGCUGCUACCUUGUAUUUGAAAUGCAGUUAUGGGUGAUGUUUGUGGCUGUUUGGUUUUUUAAUGUGUACCUAAAACUACUAUCUGGGGGCUGUUUCCUGGAACCCUGCGGUGGCUUUGGGAGGCGGUGUGGUGAAGUGGCAGGGCCUAGGCUCAGGGUCAGGCAGAUCUGGGCUCAGAUCUGGGUAGAUGCUUUAGAAGCAUGUGACUUUGGCUGAGCAUGUAACCUACAAGCCUCACCUGUAAAAAGAGUAUUGACUUUUGCUGGGUAAGUGGAGGAGUUGGCGAGACAGCAUCUGUGAAGGGUUUAGUGCACUACCUGGCAUGUAGCAGGCUGUUAGUGUCCGAGAACGAAGUGGCAGAAUGAAGUUCACAUGCUGUCAAACCUCUGACAAGAUCAAGACGUGUCAGAACAGUAGUGAAUGUGACCAGAGUGCACUGUCUAACUGUGGGACCUACCGAGGAGGGGUCUCGUCCACCCAGGUCUGUUAGUUGAUCAAGAUGCCCUGGUGGAAGCCCUUCAGACCGGGGUCAUUAAAGCAGCAGCGCUGGAUGUGACGUACCCAGAACCCCUGCCCAGGUAAGGAGGCCACACAGGAUCUACGGUUUUCUCGAUCCAGGUGGGGCAGUCCUCAGACAACUGUUGCUUUUGGCUUUUGCAGCCAUGUUGAGCCACGUGUUGUAAUCGCGUAGGGUCUUGGCCUUGGAGGGGCCUGAGCAGGCCCCUGGUGACCUGUCCAGUUCUGCAGCGGGUCAGGCCUCUGCUCCAACACCUCGCGGACAGGGUGCUCAGGGCCCUCAGGCCCCCGACCCCGCGGAUGGAGACUGCACACAACAGUCUUUCUCACAUCAAGCCAAGUAGUCCUCCCUUUACCCACCGACCCUGGUUUGCCUUCUGGAGCAUCAAAGGUGAACUCUGAUUAUUCUCCUCUUUACAAACCUUCACGUAUUUUAAGACAACCAGUACAUUUCAUCUUAGUCUUUUUUUUUUUUUUUUUGAGGCUAAGUAUCUUCAUAUCCUUCAGUUGCAGCCUAAAUGAUGUCAUUUCCAGACACCUUGCCUUCCAGCACUUUAGAUUUUACAGUCCUUUGAAAAUGUGCUCCUGAGAAUGGCACACAGUAUUCAUGUUGUGGCCUGACCACUGUAGAGAAAUUACACAAAGGUUGUGUUGGCAGCACCCUUCCUCGAAGCCUCACUGCACCUUAACUCGUUUUUAGUCAGCUAAAAUUGAAAUUGUUAUUCUCUCAAUUGUUUUUUAAAGUUUAUGUGUGGAAUUUUACAUUUAUUUGUAUUUAAUUUCAUUUGCUUGUGUGUUUUGACCCAGUGAUCCAGCCUGUUGGGACUGGAGUCUUGGUUCUGUCAUUUAUUUUGAAUCUUGAUGCCGUCAUUCAUUAAACCAGCUAUUCCUAACUUUGAUUCCUCCAGCUUUGAUUUCUAUCCAGUAAGCAAAUUACUGUCAGAUGAAUGUUUGACAUU